UUUGUUUCUAAAUUUUCUCACAAUUUUUUUUUUUUUAAUAAUAAUAUAUAAGGUAUUAAAGUUCAUACAUUACAUUUUUAUAAAUUAGCUUCAUAAAAAAUCUUUAUCAAAUGUGGUAUUAAGUUAUACAAUUUAUGUACAGUAGUGCUUACAUACAUUUAAACUUCGUUUUAUAUCGGACGUUCAGGGAUUUUCCAGAUGUAAUAACAAAAUUUUUGGAAGUAGUUCAUUUAACAUUUUGUUUUCAAGUAAAUUAUAUUUAAUAUGAACUACAUUUCUAGUAUAAAAUAUCAAUAAGUGUUGUGAUUUUAUUAAUUACUUUUUAGUAAUUUUUUAUUUGAAUUGUGAUAUCCACCAUGUAUUGGAAAAAUAAUCCAGCAUCAAAUUGGGACUCAAUUUUCGACAGAGAGAAUUUGUGCCUCAGCGAUCUCAUGCGAGAACAAAAUCUCUUGGAAGAGCUUAAGGGUCAAAACAAAAAACUCAUAGACUUUUUAACAAAACCUGAUAUUGCAUUGGAACUGGUUCGUUUAGUUACACAAGAACCUCAAGAAAAUGAAAAUCCAGAAAAUCGCUUUGUUUUACCAAACUUAGCUUGUGAAAUAUUAACUAGUGAUAUUCAACCUAUGUAUAAUGUUCUUUCACAUGAAGAAGAAAUUUGGAAAUGUUUUUUUAGUUUUCUAGAAGAUAAUGAACCUCCACUUAAUUCAUUAAUGGCAUCAUAUUUUAGCCGGACAUUAUGUAGCCUUAUAUUAAAAACAGGAAGUCAAGAUUGGUAUACAUAUCAGUUUAAUUGUCUCAAAGCACUUGAGAAAGUUACAGAUAAAGGGAAUUUUAUAGAUUUGUUACUAAAACAUCUCGAUACAUCUGCUAUAAUGGAUCUCAUUAUAAAAAUAUCAACACUUUUAGAAGGACCUCCUUUAAGAAGUAACAUAUUCACUUUAUUUGAAAAAGAACAAUUGAUUUUCAAGUUAGUGGAUACAUUGGAUUCCAAAAAUCUUCCUGUUAGACAAUUGAAUGCAGCAGAAAUAAUUUGUGCUAUUGAAGUUGCAUCAGAAUUACAUCCUCUUGAACAAAAUCCACUUGUUAUUUCAAUUGAAUCACCAGAGACUGUAAAUACGGUGUUAGUGAAGAUGUUUGGCCAAACUGAGAAGACUGAAAGCACUUUAUUGGGUGGAAUUUCGAUACUUCAAACUCUAUUAAUGGCCACCAAAUUCAAAGGUGAAGAUUCUAAUGAAGUGUAUAGUAAAAAACAAGCUUUGGCUGAGAUUUUGUAUAUUACAAUUUUACCAUUUUUAGAACACAUUCACAAUGUUUUAUUGAUUCCUCCUAAGAUCGAAAGUUUGGAAAGUAUGGGGAAUGUAAUUGAAAAGCCUUUUGGUAAUGUACGUUUGCAAAUUGUGAGAUUGAUAAGUUCAUUACUAAGCAUGCAUAAUCAACAAAUAAAUGAAAGAUUUGCUCAACUUAAUACAAUAAAAGUUCUUCUUGAUUGUUUCUUUUGUUAUGAAUUAAAUAAUUUUUUGCAUACUCAAGUAGUUCAAUGCUUCCAUGAAGUUAUGUGUUGUAAUCAUUCACUUGCUGAAAACAGUACAUUUAUAGCUCACGUUAUCAAAGAUUGUCAAUUAAUUGAAUCUAUUCUUGAUAAUGAGAAAUGUAUUCAACCUGGGAAAAAAAGAAAAGGAUAUAUUGGCCACUUAGUAACAAUUGCUAAAAGUUUACAUAAUACUGAAGCUUUUUACUCGGAUCAUUUUCGUGGAAUAAUUGUAAACACAUUAGAUAGUGAUAUUGUAAGUCGAUGGGACUCCUUUACAUCUACUACAUUAGAAGAUAACGAAGAAAGAAUUUCUACUUGUUUGGGAGGGAUUCAUCCUCGAGAAGAAAAAGCAUUAGAUGAUAGAAAAGAAAUGGAAGAGGAUGAAGCUAUUUAUGGGCGACCUGAAACAGAAUUAUUUAAUAUUAAUGACAAUCUUCUUGGGGUAUCUAGAGUUGAAAUAAACUUUGAUGAAGAUGAUGAUGAUGAUGACGACGACGACAAGGAUUCAAUGGAAAUGCAAGCUGAAAUGUUUAAUCGUAUGUGUUCAGUAAGAUCAUCAGAAAUGAGUAUGAGUAUUGAUGAACCUGAAAGCAAAGAAACAAAUGAUGAUCAAGCUUUAAGCUUAUUUAAUAAUCAACUUUGGAAAGAUUCUGGUUCAUCUAAAAGGGAUUAUGGUGUUAAUAUUUUUAAUGACACUUAUGAUAAAUCAGAAAAUUUAGUGUCUAAGGAUUGUAAUUUGUAUUGGUCUCCAGAAACCUCUGAUUGGGAAACCUUUAGGUCUCAGUUAACUGCAAAAGCAUCAAGUGAGAUGAAAGUUGAUAACAAUUCUAUUAAUAUUUCUAGUGCUUUUUCUUCAAGCCCAUGGGGAGAAAAUGUUACAGAACCUACACCUAAAUUAGAAACUGGUUGGGCUAAUUUUGAUUCAAGUUUUGGUGAGCCUUUAGUGGCUAAUGGUGAUCCAGUGAUCGAUCAUGAAUUAUUUCCUGAUGUUGUCGAACAUAAUACACAAGAUAUUACACCACCACCUGUGUUGCCUAAUGAUGCAACAAUAUCAACAGGUAAUUUGAUAUACUCACAUUUGGAAGAUCAAGAGAUGACUGAUAAAAUAAAUAAUGAUUUAUUGGCAUCAAAUAUGUCUUUCCCUGAACAAUUAUCCAAUGAUACAAAAUUGGCAGAUAGUUCACCAAAAUCAAGUGUAAAGAAUUUGCCUAAUAUACCAGUUAUAUCAACUACUUCAGAUAUGCCGUUAGUUGAAAAUUCUCAUGAUUUGAAUUCUGUAGAUAGGUAAUGAUUAUUUAAAGCCUUAAAAACUCCAUAAUGGCAGUAUGAUAUUUUUUAAAACAAAAAUUAAAUCUUAUAAUUUUUAUAAACUUUUAUUUCUUAUUUAUUUAUACAUAAAUUAUGAUCAAUAGUCAUCUGCGUGUAUGUUUUUAAAGUGUCCGUCCGUUUUUAUAUAUGCAACAUCAAUAUAUUUUAUUAUAAAUCCAAUUCAUACUAAAAAAUAAAACAAACAUUUUUAUUGAAAAAAUGUACCCAUACACAUAAUUAUACAUUUAUUUAUAAAUUUUUUUUUUUAUUGAAAGACAAUUCUUGUUACCUAUGUAAUUAUUUAUUUUCAGUGUGUUUAGCUUAGUGUUUUAAUUACAGGGAUCAUAAGUAUAAUUUUUAAUAUUUUUGUUAAAUUCUAUAAAAUAUGAUUACAAAUUAAAUAUAUUUAAUUAUUCUUUAUGGAUUCGAAGAAGAAAAAAUCAUCAACCUGUAUAAAAACCCACCUAUAUAAAAUAUAUGAUACACUUCUUCGAAAUCUUAGUUUAUUUAUUAUGUUACUGUAACAAGUUAUUAUGUAUUUUACGUAUAUAAUAUAUAUGUUUUUUUAUAGUUGACUUUGUUAUAUUAUCAGUUAAUAUGGUGCAUGUUUCGAAUUAUACAAAUGUGUUGAGUAUGUAUGUAUGUAUGUAUGUAUUCAAAUAUAUAACAUUAUAUUAUGGUAAAAUUAUUAUUAUUUUUUUUUUUAUUAUUAUUAAUUAUUAUUAUUUUUUGUAAAAUUUGAAUGGUUACUGGAGGAUAUAAUAUGUUUGAUGAGAAGAUCGUACAAAAUACUUUUUCUGUGAUAUGGAUAUCCAUGUUUGUCAAAUAUAAGUUAUAUAUUAUUAUACUCA